CAGAACUAAAGGUACUAUUGAAGAAGAAAGGUAAGAACAGAACAGAAUAUUCCAACAAACGUUUGAAAAAAUAUUUAAGAAUCAACUAUGAUGAAAACUUCAAUUUAUAUUUUAUUAUGCGCAGCUGGAUUUGCGUUUAAUUUUUUAGCAUAUUGCAUGUGUUGUGAUGAAGAAAUAAAAAACACCGAUGAAAAUAUCAAUCACUGUGAUGGACACGAUAAUUGCAAGGCGUGUGUUGAAAAUUUAAAACCAAAUGAAGAAUUAAAAGAAACUAUAUCUAUAUUAGAGUGCGCAUUGUGUAAUGUAAAUUUAGAAAAUACUGAUGAAACAAUCAGCCCUUGUGAUGACCAUGUGUUUUGCAAGCCCUGUGUUAAAAGACUAAGACAAAAUGAAACAGAUGAAGAAUUAAAAAAAUAUACAUGUCCCUUUUGUAGAGCUAAAUCAGCUGCAUUUGAGUUUAAUUUUUCAGCAUAUUGUUUGCAGUGUAACGUAGAACUAAAAGACACCGAUGAAAAAAUCAGUGUCUGUGAUGAACACAUUUAUUGUAAGUCAUGUGUUGAAAAAUUUGAAAAAAAUGAAACUGAUAAAAUUAUAUGUCCAAUAUGUACAUUUAUUCAUAAUUAUUACAGUAGACAAAAUUUUCCUUUUAAAUAUCUCUAGUUAGAAAUUGUUAUUACUGUAUAAUUUACUAUCUAUAAAAAUUAUUUUUGGGGUAAUAAAUAUAAUAAUGUGUGAUCUAGAAAUAUGAAAUUUUUGU